AUGGGUUUGAAGAAAUGUUAUGUCUUUGAGGUCUUUUUGAUCGGUUUGUUAUUGUUUUCAAUCCAAGAAUUAGAAGCUCACAAUUAUGCUGCAGGCAAACCCAAAUUCUUCAACGUUGUUAACUAUGGAGCUAUCCCGGAUGGCAUGACAGAUAACUCUAAGGCAUUUUUAAAGGCAUGGAAUGAUGCAUGUGAAUGGAAGGGGAGGGGAAGGGUAUAUGUCCCAAAAGGAACUUUCAAAUUGGGAGAAGUGCUUUUUUUGGGACCAUGUGAAGGGCAUACGGCCUUUAUAAUAAAGGGCAUUCUAAAGGCUUCAACCGACAUGUCGUCUCUAUAUGGUGACAGUUGGAUCAAUUUUCGUUAUGUCGAUCGUUUGACUGUUGGUGGAGGUGGUUCAUUGGAUGGUCAAGGAGCUAUAGCUUGGCCAAGAAAUGAUUGCAAAAACAACCCCAAUUGCCAAUCUCUUCCCACGACUAUGAAACUUGAUUUUAUAACAAAUUCAAAAGUUCACAACUUGAGAUCAAUCGAUAGCAAGAACAGCCAUUUCACGCUCUUUGGGUGUAGCAAGAUGAACAUCACCAACAUUCGAAUCUCCGCUCCUGGAGACAGCCCCAACACUGAUGGAAUAAAAAUUGGAAGCUCCGAUCGUAUUGAUAUCAGAAACUCGAUCAUCGGCACUGGUGACGACUGCAUUUCAAUCUUGUCAGGAAGCAAGAAUCUCUACAUUUCGAAUGUUGUUUGCGGGCCAGGACAUGGGAUUAGCAUCGGAAGCUUAGGAAAGUAUAAGGAUGAAGAGGAUGUCAUGGGGAUCACAGUGAAAAAUUGUACUUUUAAGAAUACAACUGAUGGUGUGAGAAUUAAAACAUGGGCAGCACCUUCAAUGGGCAAUGCUUACAACAUUUACUACGAGGAUAUAUUCAUGGAUGGAGUUGAAAAUCCAAUCAUCAUAGAUCAAGAAUAUUGCCCUGUUUCUCCCUGUAAUCAACAAGAAUCUUCAAGAAUACAAAUAAGCUAUGUGACAUUCAAAAACAUAUGGGGAAGUAGCAAGUCAGCGAGUGCAGUGACAUUGAGAUGCAGUAAAAGGAAGCCAUGCAAGAACAUAGUGCUUGAUAAUAUCAAUCUCAUGAGCUCUCCCGAUGUAGGACAACUUUUUUCUUCUUGUUUUCAUGUUCAUGGCUUCUCUUAUGGCAAUCAAAGCCCUUAUUCUUGUUUGUAA